CAGCAGCGCUCAGCCUGCAGCUGGACCUGGACCAUCGUCGCAGCGCCUUCGACUUGGUGGUUUGCAGGGAAAUGCCAACGCUAGCUGCGAGCAGCGACGCUUUUGCCGCUGGCUUGGCGAGACACGCUGCCAAACAAUUACGGCCGUAGAUUUGGGGACGUCGCCUGAUACUCCAGGCAGUCCUGUGCCGUCUCUUAUGGAAAGCAAGGUGCACAACGAUGGAGACGUCCGUAUGGACGCACAGGUUAUUUUCGAAGCUUGCUGGCGUAGGUUUGAAGAAAGGUUCAGGCUUAAGUCCGUCCAUGUUCCACGCGAAGUCGUCUGGCUGAAUGGUGCACCUGGUGCGGGCAAGGGUGCCAACACCCAGCACAUCUUGAAAACUCGCGGACUGGACCACGGCGUGAACCUUUCAUCCCUGCUGCAAACCAAUGAGGGCACUCGGACCCUCAUGGAGCGAGGUGAGCUCAUUCCGUGCAGCAUGGUGGGCGAUGUGGUGCUGGAGGCACUGCUCGUGCAGAGCUGCCAAACACCCGAGUGCGGGGUGCUCGUGGACGGCUUCCCGCGCACCGCCAUGCAGGUGGAUUUCCUGAAGCUGCUGUACGACAAGCUGGACGAGCUGCACGGCAUCUUUGCCAACACCUCCCACCGCAACCAGUUCCCGCGGCCGCUGUUCAAGGUGGUAAUGCUGUAUGUGGACGAGGAGACUUCCAUCACCCGACAGCUGGAGCGAGCCAAGCUAGCCUCCGUGCACAACAAGCGCGUGUUGGAUGCGGGAGCUGGGCAGCUGUGGGAGCAGCGCGCCACUGAUCUGAGCAUCGAGAAGGCCAAGAAGCGCUACGCCAUCUUCCGGCAGCACCACAGCGCGGUGCUGCGGCUGAAGCAGUUCUUCCCCUUCCACCUGAUCGACGCCAUGGGCACUAUGGCGGAGACGCAGGAGGCGAUCACCACGGAACUCAGGUACCAGUCCUCGCUGGACCUCAGCUACGAGACCUACGCCGCCAUCCGCCACCUGCCCCUCGCGCGCGACGUCUCCACCCACGCCCGCCAGCAGCUGGUCAUGCGCCUGGACAACCACAGCGAAAAGUACCCGGACCUCUUCCAAAAGGUCAUUGACCUGAUCACCUCGGAGAUCAUGCCGCUGGUGCACGAGUGCGGGCUGGCGGGUCGCGCCGAGUUCGCCACGGAGCACCGAAUGUUCCUGGAGCACCCCCGCGCCGCGCAGAUGCUGAUUGACGUGUUGACGGAUCGCGGCUACAAUGUGUCGCACUCCACGGAGGUGACGCACGUGCCCAUGCAGAUUGACUUGCAGACAGGCAUCAUCCGCAACCGCAAGGAGUACAAGCACCGCUUCCACAUCAGCUGGGACACCAAGGGCGUCCGCGAGAUGGCCAAAGCCAUGGAGCUCGCGGCCCGCAUCAGCGAAGCAGGCAACAGCAUGACUGCGCGCAUCAGCCAGACCUACA